AGAGAUAGGAAAUAAAUGUUAAAUAAGAAAAAUACUUAAAUUGGUCAAUCAUGGGAAAGAAAAAGGGUCGAGCAAAAAAAGCGAGCAAACUAAACAAUAAGUUGGAGGAUGCAGAGAUCAAUAAAGCGCCGCACACAUUUGUGUUCCCGCGUGGCCAUGUCGGCUCCAAUGUGCAACAGUUGGCUAUGGACAUGCGUAGAGUGAUGGAACCUUUUACUGCGUCCAAGCUUAAAGUCCGAAAGAAAAAUGUCCUUAAAGAUUUUGUGGCCGUGGCUGGCCCUCUUGGCGUUACUCACUUUAUUUCAUUCAGUAAAACAACCAGUGGAGUAAACAUGAGACUUGCAAGGCUGCCUAAAGGCCCAACACUGCAUUUUAAAGUCUUGAAGUACUCCCUGAGUAAAGACGUGGUCUCGUCAGUGAAGAAACCCAAAACAUCACAAGGACAAUACAGAACUGCUCCACUUCUUGUUUUGAAUGAAUUUAAAACAAAAGAUUCCAAAACCACAGAUAUCAACUCUGUUAAUCCACAGAAACUCUGCGCAACCAUGCUACAAAACAUGUUCCCAUCUAUUAAUAUACACAAAGUGAACUUGAACCACGUCCAACGUUGUGUAUUGUUUAACAAUGUAGAAGACAAUCGGAUUGAGUUUCGACAUUACAACAUUGCUGUUAAACCUAUUGGAAUGAGUCGGCGAAUGAAGAAGAUUGUGACUCAGCGAAAUAUUCCAAACUUGGGAAAACUUGCUGACAUCAGCGAUUAUUUGACGAAUCGUGGCGAUGGAAGCGCUUCAGAAUCCGAACCUGAACUUGAUGAUCAAACUAGUGAGGUAGAGCUACCACAGAAGAUGGUCGGAGCAGGAAACAUGAAGAGUCAUCAAAGUGCGAUACGUUUGACUGAACUUGGUCCAAGGUUGAUGUUGGAGUUGUUUAAGAUUGAGGAAGGAAUGCAUGAAGGGGAGGUUCUCUUCCAUAGUUUCAUUGAAAAAACAGAAGAAGAGAAAAAACUUCUUGAAAAAUCCCGACAGAAAAAGAAGAGUGAUAAAGAGAUGCGGAAGAAACAACAGGAGAUGAACAUCCAGAGGAAAGAAGAUGAAAAGAAGAAGAAUAAAGAGAAGUCUAUUGCAGGAAUGAAACGUAAAUUAAAAGAUGAAGAACAAGAAGAUGAUGAUGUUCAGUAUUAUCGAGAUGAAGUUGGAGCUGAACCAGAUGAAGAUCUCGCUCCUCCGAAGAAAGUGUUCAGAAAAAUGCGGCCAAAGAAUGAUAAACCAAAAAUAAAGACUGUUAAAUUUAAAAGCUCAAAGGGAAAUUCACAAAAUUUUAAAAAGAAUUUUAAAACUCUCUCGAAAAAUACAAACGUCAAGAAAUUUCCUUCGAAAAAGGUUAAAGUCGGUAUGAAACGAAACCGAAAAUAAUAUUUUGCUUAAUUAAAUCUUCUUUGAUGGAAUUGUGGUAUUUCUAAUAAACGUUCGAAUAUAAAA